GAGGAGCACGGAUAGUCAGAGCGAGAGUCCAGGAAGCCUUUCUUUUUUACGCUUUGCUUAAUAUACGGGAUCCUUGGGAAGACCUGAUUUGGGUGACCCUGUUUUCUGCUGAGUGCAGUCCUCUUUGGGAGGACACCUGGCCACCUCAGAUGCACGGAAUGACAUCACCUGAUGAAGAUCCACUCUGAUUCCUUUUUCACCAACUGGGACUAGAGCAACAAUCACCAUGCGUGUGCAUGUAUCUGUUGUAGUGUGUGGACUCUUUUCAGGAGAAGCCCAGAGAGGUUUGUCUUGAAAAGGGUAUUCUCCUGAGCACCUGUUUUGGGUGACUGUGUUCUGCUGACUUCUGGCAUCUUCGGGUGGACACCUAGAUGUAUCAGAUGCACAGAAUGGAGUCUGUGACCUUCGAGGAUGUGGCUGUGAAAUUCACCUCAGGAGAGUGGGCUUUGUUGGAUUCCAGUCAAAAGACACUCUACAGAGAUGUGAUGGGGGAGACACUUUUGAACCUUAUGUCCAUAGAAAAAGGACUAGAACAAAACAUUGAAGAGAACUACAAAGAUCUCUGCAGAAGUCUGAGAACUCAGUUGAUUGAGAAAGAUUGUGGAUAUGAAUAUAAUAUUCAGUGUGAUGACAACCUUCAGCCAAUUCUAAAGAAUAUGGUUAAUGAAGACAUGCCUCCCACAAUAACAGGAUAUGAAAGCCAGUUGCAUGUAAGAAGCAUCAUUGGUCAUUCAUUCUCACCUGUAUAUCUCAGAAACCAAGCUAAAGGGGAACAAUCUCACUGUAAGGAGUCCUUUAUACAUCAGAAACAUUGGGAAAAUACCAGUCAUUCUGAAUCACUUCAGGUACUUGAAACUUUUCCCAGAGAGAAACCUUAUAAGAAUCAACAAUGUAAGGAAGCCUUUAGAAAUCUCCCUUCUGAUCAGCCUCACAAGAGAACACAAUGUGGAGAUAAACUCAAUGGGAAAAUAUUAAGGAGAUAUACAUGUAGUGCAGAAGAUAAUGGAAUCCAUACAGAAGUGAAAUCGUUUGCUCAUAACCACAGUGAAGAAGCCUUCAUUGAUUCCAGUGACCUUAUCACCCCUGAAAAAAGUCAUAUUGGAGAGAAAAAAUACACUUGUAAACCAUGUGGGAAAACAUUUAAGUAUGCUUCGUGUUUUGAGAAACAUAAAGUAACUCACACUGGAGAGAAGCCUUAUGCAUGUAAGCAGUGUGGAAAAGCCUUCACCAGUUCUAGCUGGUGCAACACUCAUGAGAGGGGUCACAACGGAGAGAAGCCUUACAUGUGUAAGCACUGUGGAAAAGCCUUCAGAAGUUCCAGUUAUUGCAGCAUUCAUGAAAGAAUUCACACUGGAGAGAAACCUUAUGCAUGUAAGCAUUGUGGCAAAACCUUUGCCAUUAUGAGGUCUCGUAACUGUCAUGAGAAAAUUCACACUGGAGAGAAGAUUUAUGCAUGUAAACUUUGUGGGAAAAGCUUCUUUAGUCCCACUUCUUGUAGAAUUCAUGAAAGAAUUCACACUGGAGAGAAAUCUUACGCAUGUAAGCAUUGUGGCAAAACCUUUGCCAGUUUGACUGGGUGUAUCACUCACGAAAGAAGUCACACUGGAGAGAAGCCUUACACAUGUAAACACUGUGGAAAAGCUUUCAACAAUUGCAGUUAUCGGAACGUUCAUGAAAGAAUUCACACUGGAGAGAAACCUUAUGCAUGUAAGUACUGUGGCAAAACAUUCGUCAUUUUGGGUUCUCUUAUCACUCAUGAAAGAAGUCACACUGGAGAGAAGCCUUAUGCAUGUAAGCACUGUGGAAAAGCCUUCUCCCAAGCCAGUUAUCGUAACAUUCAUGAAAGAAUUCACACUGGAGAGCAUCCUUACGCAUGUAAGCACUGUGGCAAGACCUUUGCCAUUUUGAGUUCUCGUAACACUCAUGAAAAACUUCAUACUGGAGAGAAGCCUUAUGUGUGUAAGCAUUGUGGAAAAGCCUUUAUCAGUUCUAUUUGGUGUAGUGCUCAUGAAAGGGGUCACACUGGAGAGAAACCUUAUGCAUGUAAGCACUGUGGCAAAACCUUUGCCAUUUUGAGUUCUCGUAACAGUCAUGAGAAAAUUCACACUGGAGAGAAGCCUUACACGUGUAAGCAUUGUGGGAAAGCCUUCACCAGCUCUGGCUAUCGUAACAAGCAUGAAAGGGCUCACACUGGAGAGAAACCUUAAACAUGUAAACAUUGUAGAGAACAUUUGCCAAAUUCAGUUGGUGCAACUCUCAUGAAAGAAUUCACGCUGGAGAGAAGCUUUAUGCAUGUAAAACCUGUGGAAAAUCCUUCACCAGUCCCUCUUACCAUAUUACUCAUGAAAGAAUUCACACUGGAGAGGAAGUGUUUUCAUGUAAUGCAUGAGGAAACUGUUCCGUCAACUUUAUGAUCAUUCCAGCCAUGAAAGAAUUCACUCAAGAAUGAAGACUUAUGCAUUGACUGUGGACUUGGAUUUUUUGGAAGGAUUUCAGCUGAGGAAUUGGUACAAAAAUUGUGAUGGCUUUCCGGCCACCACCAACUUCAAUUUCCUUGGCUGCGAUGAUGUUGAGUUCCUACAGCUGAGCCUUAAGAUCUGAGUUCAUCUCCAGCUCGAGCAGCACCUGAAAGAUGCCGGACUUGAACUCGUCC